AGCAGAUCACAAAUUGCUCUCGGAAGCAGCAUGGAUAUCAGUCAGCAUUGCAUCAGGAUACUAAUAGGAUUUCUUUGUGGCUGGCUAGGCAUUGCAGCUGGACAAUAUGGCACAGGACCUGACGGUUCAUACCAUCCCAACGCCUUGGAGAAGGUCUUUGAGGCGCGCAAUUUGGUACUGAGUUUCCCAACGCUCCAGGAACAGGAGCGUGUCCUCCACGAAGGUCUCUAUAAUCCAGAUAAUGUUAUUCCCAUCGAUGUGGAUGUUUACUAUACACAUGGUGACAAAACGCCGUCGAUCUUUAUGACCAUUCCACGAUUCGGCAAGGGCGUGCCCUACUCUUUGGCAUAUGUGACCAAUGAGGUGCAAGAGAAUGGGACAGUUUUGCGACCCUAUCCUAGCUACGAUUGGCAUCAAUCCCAUGGUGCCGACUGCAAUGGCCUGACAUCCGUGUAUCGCACACAGAUCGACGAAUGUGGACGCAUGUGGAUAUUGGACAGUGGCGAGAUUGACUUUGUGCAGCACUGUGCCCCACAGCUGUACGCCAUAGAUUUGGCAAGUGGUGGUGUAGUGCAUCAUUAUCGCAUGCCGCGCGACAUGUACAAAGAGGGCGUUAGCCGCUUCGUUACGCCCACCAUUGACCUGGAUGCAGAGAACUGUGAUGUGAAGCACGUCUACAUGGCGGACUCGAUUGGCGAUGGCAUUGUGGUUUAUGAUGUGACUGCGCAGCAAUCGUGGCGUAUCGAGAACAAGUACACCUAUCCGCAUCCAGAUUUUGGCACCUUCACAGUAGCCGGCGAGAGUUUUCAACUUUGGGACGGAACUGUGGCACUCACAUUGACGCCACACACUCUAGCUGGUAGGAUGGAGCGCAUGCUGUACUUUCACUCGCUAUCCAGCAACUGGCAGAUGGCCAUUCCACUGCAGGUGGUCAACAAUGCGAGCAUAUGGAAGCGUAACGAUGUCAGUGCUGGUCUGGAUCAAUUCUUAUUGCUAGGCAAGCGGGGCAGCCAGUGUGUGGGGACGGCGAUGAGCGAGACGGGCAUGUUGCUGUGCGGACUGGUGCAGCCAGCCGGCAUACUUGCCUGGAACAUUCGUCAGCCGUACAAGCACGACAAUCUAGCGCUGCUCAUCGCCGAUGAACACAGGCUGCAAUUCACAAGCGGUCUGAAGAUUAUCCGAAACCACGAGGGCAAAGAGGAGCUGUGGGCAUUGUCGAAUCGCUUGCAAAAAGCUUUUGGAGCAGGUCUCAAUUUCAAGGAAGUCAAUUAUCGCAUACAAAAGUGUGGGCUGCAUGAGCUGCUCCAUGGCUUGCAUUGCUUCUAAAGCCAAUUUCAGCAUGCCAUUGAAAAAAAACAGUGUUGCCACCAAUUCUUAUCGAUUGUUCUGGAUUAUCAAGCACAUUUAAAAUUGCGGUAAAAAUUUAAACUGUAUUAUCGAUGCUUCUGAAGCUACGCUAUUUAAAUAAAUUUUGUAUAUAUUUA